CUGCAACCUGUUGAUGAUGCAGAUUUAUUACAUUUUUUGCUAAACGGAAAAUUAACCCCAAUGCAAAUAUUAAACCAUAAACAGUCAUAAGGUGGCGGUGAGGCCAGCAGGGGGCGCUGCGCUGUCAGUCCGCAGCUCCAUCUUUUCUGAAUCUAUAUUUUCAUUUCAGACGGAAGUUGAUUUAUUUAGCGGCUGUCUUCAUGCAGCCUGCGCGUCUCAAACACUGCGCUCCUUCAUCUGCGGCUGACUCCAUCUUCUCCCCGGGACACCAUCAUCAUCAUCAUCAUCAUCAUCAUCAUCACCAUCAUCAUCAUCAUCAUCAUCAUCAUCAUCAUCACCAGCCUUCCUCUGCUCUGCGGAUCUUCAGCUCUUCUCCGCCGUGGAUGAUGCCGCCGCGCUGCCGCCCAUCGGGGACCGUCUGCCGGGUUUAGGAGCUCCGCGGCUCUUCAGCAGCAGGAAGAGAAGAGAAAAGAGAAUCUUCAUCCUCGUCUUUCCGACUUUCGACCGACUUUUGGAGCAGAAACAUGGAGGCCAGAGGGAAGUACGACUUCACCGCCACGGCGGACGACGAGCUCAGCUUCAGGAAGAACGACAUCCUGAAGAUCAUAAACCUGGAGGACGACUGGUGCAAGGCCGAGAUGAACGGACAGGAAGGAUUCAUCCCCAAAAACUACAUCGACCUGCAGACUCCAGACUGGUUCAAGGAAGACGCCAGCCGCAGCCAGGCGGAGGAGCUGCUGAGGCACAAAACGGUGGGAGACUUCGUGAUCCGAGGAUGUCAGAGUUCACCGGGAGAUUUCUCCAUCUCCGUCAAACAUGAGAACGACGUUCAGCACUUCAAGGUGAUGCGGGACAACAAGGGCCAGUACUUCCUGUGGUCCGAGAAGUUCACGUCUCUCAACAAGCUGGUGGAGUUUUAUAAAACCACGUCCAUCUCCAAAACCAGGCAGAUCUGCCUCCAAGAUGGCUGCCAGGAGGGCAGGAGCCCCCCGGGCUCCCAGGUGAAGAGAGGAAGUCUGCCUGAGCAUCGAAACUCUGCUGCAGCAGUCGCCGCCGCGCCGCGCCGCUCCUCUGAACAGACGUCCAGCCAGCUGGCCAAACGUCCCGGCUUCGAGGAGCGAGCGCACACCAUCGGACACACCGGCCGCAGCAGCCCCAUCAGCUCCGCCUGCCCGCCGCGCCGCACCUCCGAGACCAUGCCGCUGCCUUCGAGAACCGGCGGCGUCCAGGUGAGGGCGCUGUACAACUUCACGGCGGAGGAAGACGACGAGCUGGGCUUCUGUGCCGGUGACAUCAUCGAGGUCUUGGAUCGCUCGGACCAGGCGUGGUGGAGAGGACGGCUGCGGGGCCAGAGCGGCUUGUUUCCUGCUAACCACACGGCUCCGAUAUGAGGAGCCGCAGCGCCACCUGCAGGCCAGGCUGCAGCAGCGCUUCGCCGCCCGGCGUGGCUACUUCAGGUUGAACAUUUCCUUCUGGCCUACAGGAAGUUUCUAAACAGGAAGUGCUGCAGAAGCCAUGUUUCUUACCGUUUGUAUUAUAACGCGGCUGCAGGUAUUUAUUGAUGGAUGCUUGUUGGCCUGAUCAGUCAACUCCUUCUGCAAAUUCAUGUUUCAUUUGAUCAUUAAAAUUCACUGAAGAGAAACUUUGUUAUUAUUCAUCUCCUGAUGUUUCCUUUUGAACUUCUGUUUUAUCAUUUAUUAGUCUUCUGCCUCAUUGUGCUGCAUAAAUAUAGCAAAAACUGAAUAAGGUAAAAAGGAAUGGGUGGUUUUCAAAAUAAAAGCUGCACAGGUUGAACAGUUUGUUCUUGUGCUGCUUCAUGUUUACAUUUUAUACAUUUCAGUAAAGAAAUACAGAAAAACAUUUUGCUGCUUCAUGACUUCAUGUUUUCUUCAUAAAUAAAAGGUUUCCAGAGUUUUAUUGAAUUAUUUACACUGUGAGAGAUUUCUAAAUAAGAACGACUCAUUUCACCUGCAGUGGAUUCAUUUAUAGCUUCUCUGUUAAUAAAACAUUUUUUCCUUAUUCCA